CCGGAGAGGAGCUGGGGGAGGACGGUGGCCCGCGAGGCUCGAGCAGGCAACGCGGCGGCGAUGUCCGCGAGGCCGGCGAGCCCCGCGGCGGUAGCGGCGGGGCCUCGCGCGUGGCUGGGCGGCCUGUGCUGCGGCCUCCCCGCGGGUCCCUGGGAGCGGGCGCGCGGCCGGCGUGGGAGCAGAGGCGGGGGUCCCGGCGCGUCCUUCUGCCCCGCAGCCUGAGCCCGGGCGGCUGGAGGGCUCGGCUGCCCGAGGAUGGGAAUUCUCUUCACCCGGAUCUGGAGGCUGUUCAAUCACCAGGAGCACAAAGUUAUCAUUGUUGGGCUGGACAAUGCAGGGAAGACUACCAUCCUAUACCAGUUUUCCAUGAAUGAAGUUGUACAUACAUCCCCUACAAUAGGAAGUAAUGUGGAAGAGAUUGUGGUUAAUAAUACACGUUUCCUGAUGUGGGAUAUUGGCGGCCAAGAAUCCCUGCGUUCUUCCUGGAACACUUAUUAUACCAACACAGAGUUUGUAAUUGUUGUUGUGGACAGCACAGACAGAGAAAGAAUUUCUGUAACUAGAGAGGAGCUCUACAAAAUGCUAGCCCAUGAGGACCUAAGGAAAGCUGGGUUGCUGAUUUUUGCUAAUAAGCAAGAUGUCAAAGAAUGCAUGACAGUAGCAGAAAUCUCCCAGUUUUUGAAGCUGACUUCUAUAAAAGACCAUCAGUGGCAUAUCCAAGCUUGCUGUGCUCUUACUGGCGAGGGGUUAUGCCAAGGACUUGAAUGGAUGAUGUCACGGCUGAAGAUAAGAUGAUCUCUGCUGACCUCUUCUCACGGACUCUGUAUGAGCAAAGUGCUGGACUUCACCUGAAAUCUGCAAAAAUGGUUUAGAUAUAUUUAUAAUAAACUGACUGAAGAGUUUUCUAUAAGAAGAGAAAUGAAGACCACAUGUUGAAAACAAAGACAAAAUGUCACCACCCAGUUUGCUCUCUCAAUCCUUCCAAAGCUGUGACUGACGUUUUCUCAUGGUGAAUCCUCUCAGGACAUGGUAGAGCUGUGGCGAGGACAAAGGCAGAGGAAGACAUUUGAACUUUAGAGCUUUAUUGUCAGUGUGACUUGCCCACCCCACCCCCACCAAGUUGAAUGUUCCCUUCUCAUUACAUUGAAUCCAAUACAAAUCAGCACAGAUACGGUUUCCAGUUUUUAAAAAUGUAAUAUUAUGGGAAGUAUUUUGCUUAAAGUUGAAUAUGUAUUGUGUAUAUACCUCAAGUUCAAGUUAAUGGCUUUGAUUUGUGUUCGAAAGAAAAGCAAAUAACAGAAGUUAAUACUAGCCUUAGUUAUUAUCCUAAUGUCAGUGCAAACCAACAUUGGUGUUAAGUGUCAUUGUUUAGUUUACCCCUCUGUUCUCUGUAUUAUCCUAACAAGCCAACCUUGACUCAGAAUUGUUGAGCUGCUCCUUAAAACUGAGACAGGAAAAAGCUUGACAUUGUAUACCUAUUUUGGUUGCUGGGUAAUACAGCUGGAAACAUAUAACACAAGUGAACAGAUUUCAGCCAGACUCCUGGCCUGCUGUGGCUGGGCAGAAUUACAUGGUAAGCAGCUGUCAGGCUUCUCUUCUGUAGAUCCUUAUGCCAGUUCAGCUACUAAUCCUUCACUCUGAAACUGUGAUUAAAACUAUCAGUUGAUUUUUAAUUGAAAAUUAUGGUGUGAAAUAUAUCUACCCAAAGAGGUAACGUUCUAUUAAUGGUAGUAAUUAAUUUAGCUGCAGCCUUUUUAGGUAUUAAAUUAUAUGACAAAGAGUUAAAAUGAAUUUGAGAGUAAACAUAAGGCAUAGUUUUCAGUGAACACUGAUAAUUUCUCCAUUUGUAGAUUUGUGACUGUAGGUUUUCUUACAUCUUCUUCAACUCCAUAAAAUGCCUUGUUUCAUAGUUGAGAAAUCCAGAAAUGCUGAAUGAUUUCAAGAAUUUGAUUAAAAAUUUGCCAUGUUUCACUAUUUAUACUAGAAGUAAUUUGACCCAAAACACCUUUUAUAUUUGUUGAUUUUUUUUUAAUUUAUCUGAAGUUGAAGUGUUUCUGUCAUGACUAUAAACAGAAUUAUCCUGUGUUUUAACAUAUUCUUGGUGACUCUAUAUACCUCUUGUACCCUGAAAAUUUGAAAGUUAAUCCAAACUGUCAAGAUUUUGGAUACUCAAGAUUUAACUAGUUUUAGUAUCACACUUUAAAAUUUCUUAAAGAUGUUGGUAAGAAAUAGAAGUCCACAUAUAAACAUUGAUGAAACUUUGAAAAAUCUUUCAGUAAAAUGUAAGACACUUACUGUCUAAACCUAACAGGCACAGAUGAGUGUUAACUCGGGAUACUUUGUGUUUGAGAUUGUGCUGUAUGGCCCUCAAUCACUAGGCUUUGCAGUGCUAAGUCCUCUUCAUAUGUUCUUAUAAUUUUGUUUUAAUCAUGAGAAUUUUUCUCUCGUAUGUUAAAAGUACCCUCCCUCCCACAUCUACAGCUUUUUAGCAUUUCAUUUUUUAAUUUGAGUAGUCACGUGCACAGUUGUUUGGAUCACAUCAGUUACAUCAGUUCAGCACAUACCAGCACAUUCUGGUGUUGCUAAGGUUUUGGCUAAAAUUUAUUCUUAAUUGGAUGUUUAAAGCAUUUGCUCCUUUGCGUUAGUAUAGUCAGUUAUUGAUAGGACAUAAAAAAGCAUGAAAACUUUACCACAUUUACAAAAUAUAAGGGUUUGGGGUUUGUUUUGUUUUGUUAACCCUUUUAGGCUAAGAGUAAAAAAAAAAUAUACCUGUGUACUUGUACAUAAAAACAAAAUUAUGACUGAGUAAAAAGAGAUUUAAUAUAUGAAGAUAUCAAAACUGUCAUUAACAGUAUUAGGUCCAAAUAUGGUGGAGCACCCCCUGAUGUCAUGCUGGCAGUUUACCUGUCGUGGGGCAGAACUCGGCAAGUCCUGUGGUUUCAGAUGCUAAGAUCUGACUUCUGGGUAUACACAAACAUCUCACUGAACCUCACUGCGCUCAGCUUUGAAAAGAACAAAGAUUUAUACCUCUGUACCUGUGGGUAGAUUUAAGUGUCCUGUUUUGAUACUAAUUUUAAAAGUUGUUUAACUUCUCUUGAUAUCUUGGUAAAAGUGACCAUAAGAGAAAUCAUUUGAAUAUAUUUGAUUUUGUCAUAAUGACAUUUAUAAUGUGUAUGCUUCCCAUUCUGUUGAGAGUUUUAUUUUAAAAAUUCUGUUUCCCAUAUAUUUCUAGCACACCUUGGCCAUCACAGUAGACAAAGAAUACACAGAAGCCAAGUGGGCUGGGCAGUGGGGAGUAAGUAUUCAUUUUCUUGUGAUAUUUUGCCUUAAGAAUAAAAUGUGCUUUAGCACUGCUGGCUGGCAUUGUUAAUGCAAGUGGUAAAGCGAACCUUACAAAAGCAUGUCAUGAGAUAGAAGGAAGACGAGUUUGUUCCCUGGCCUUGAAGAAGUGCCUCGUAGGUAGUCAUGAAAGUCACAGGUAAGUAAGUGGGGGAGCUUGAGGACAGGCAAGGGGUCCCUAAAGUGUUCUUUUUCUUUGUCUGAGUGUGUAGUAUUGAGAUGCCUAGAAGAGGCACUUAAAUUUCUUGCUGUAACUACAGCAAUCACAUACAGUACAGGCAACCUCAAAAUCUGUUUAUAUUAGUGUAAAUAGAAAAAUCGUAGACGGCUGUCUAGUUUUUUCUGCAGGCAUUUUAGGAAUGCGUCUGUAGUCUCUUCUACUUUGUAAAUAAGGGAUAACAGCACAUCCUAGAUCAUACGUGCAUUUUGGGGUCUUCUAAUUGCCCUUGGUAUCCUGGUAUCAUUCCCAUUUUCAAGGUGAAGGAGAAACGGGGCUCCGUUACAUAACAUAUUUGACCAUUUCCAUUCCCCAAACAUAACUUGGAACUUCUUGUUCAGGAGCAACUUCCGUAGCUCAGCCAGCCCUUGCUUCCCUGGAUGUUUGCUUACCACCAAUGACCGUUGCUCUUUUCAUCUGAAGGAAUUCUAAACUCUGACCACUAGGUUUUGAGUAACCUUUCUAAUUCUGUCUGUCCACCCACCAGUGACUUGACUCACUGUUCUGGACCUUUUGCAUCAGCAGAGACGCUGAGUCUGUCAGGAGACCAGAUUCAGAUUAUGCUAUACAGAAACCAGUAGGAGAAUCAUAUGUUAUCCUAUACUUAGCACCUUAAUUUUAACUUAAAAGUUAAAAUUAGCUUAAAAUUAACUUCUUAUGCUGACAGCUAGAUUCAGAAAUACAAGAAAAAUACAUAGACUAUGUCAGGUCCUUGAGCUAUGAGUUAGGACCGAAGGCUAUUAACGUUGCAUUCACAUUAUCCUCAUAUAACUAAGAAUGGUGAUGUUAAGAGGUUAAGAUGGAGUGGAGAAAGGUGACCAAAAAAAAAGCUGUCUAUAAUAUUGAGCCUGAAGACAUCCUAAAAUGGCUCCCCACAUUCCAUGUUUUCUCAUGUUUACUUAAAUAGCCAAGAUCAGCAUUUAAUGUCUAAAGAAAUUUGUGAUUUGAUACCUAGUAUUACAAAAUAAACCUGCUAAAACAGGCUUUUAAAAACAGCAAAAUAAGCCAUAUGUAGUGGUGUUAAGUCUGUAAUCCCAUCACUCAGAAAGCUGAGACAGGAGAAUUGCUGGGAGUACAAGGUCAGCCUGGGCUAAAUAGUAUCAUGCACCAAGACUAAAUCACAAAAGACAGCCAGAAAGGGAGAAAAAGGCAGCAAUCAACCAUCAUGUGUUCCUGUAGAAUCAGAUGUAAUAGCAAAGGUUUCGGGAUGCUACUUACAAAACAUCUGUGCACUUUCCUCAAAGCAGGUGUGAUCGAUUAAGACUGUGAUGGUGGAAUGAAGGAGAGCGCAGAAUUUAGCACUCUGGAUGCUUAAAAAGUGAGUGCUUGUAUUUAACCCUAAAAAUGGUUUGAAGUUGGGAAGAAAUGUAACAGGAUACAACUGGGCUAAUUAUGCAAUAUUUCAUCUUUUUAAUUCUCUAACUCUGUACUAUUCCUGAAAUGGAAGGGUGAGUCUGUGGUGUUGCCUGCUCAAUUUGCAGAUCUUUGGUAGACAUUUCUCAUAGUGUGUACUUAAGAAGUGCCUGACAUUGAUUGUGUUGAUUUCUAAGUCCAUGUAAUAAAUGAUAUGUGUUUUCUAUGGUA